AUGCCGUCGGAUCAAUCGAAAAUGUUUGACAAUAGCUUCAGAAUAGCAAAAAUUUUCGGCAUUUGGCCCGGACUCAAACCAUCCCGAUAUUACAAAUUUUACUCUUUCAUUUACCUCUUUGCGACAUUUGUGUGUUACAAUUUACUUCUUACUUUAAAUUUACUUUAUACGCCCCGGAAAAUUGAAUUACUACUCCGCGAAGUGAUAUUUUACUUCACAGAAAUUACAGUUGCGACGAAAAUUUUAACGAUUCUCUUUAUGCGUGAUAAAAUUAUUCAAGCACUUAAUUUCAUUGAUUGCGAUGAGUUUGUAGGUGACUAUGAAAAUAAGAAGGGAAUACUUUACAAGACGAACAUGGGCUUCAGAUUGGGUUGGAGAUCAUACUUGGUUCUAUCGAAUAUUGCUUAUUCGAGCCAAGUUAUCGUGCCUAUAUUUUUAGAUAUCUUACGAGAGACCAAGUCGGAAUUGCCGAUAUGCAAAUAUUACUUUCUGAGUGAUGAAGAUCGGGAGUCCCAUUUCCUUUUUUGGUUUAUAUAUCAAUCUUUUGGCAUGUAUGGACAUAUGAUGUAUAACGUGAACAUUGAUUCAAUCAUCGCAGGCCUUUUGCUGAUAGCUAUAGCUCAAUUGAAGUUACUGGGUAAUAAUCUAACGAAUCUCAAAUUAUCCAAUGAAGAAAGUAAAUUGCCGAAAGAUUCUCAAGACAAGAUUCAAAUAAAGAGAUUCCACAAACUGUUAAGACAUUACGAAGUUAUUUUGAAUUACUGUGACACGGUUCAGGAUACAUUGAACGUGACACUAUUUUUCCAAUUUGGCGUUGCAUCGAUCAUAAUAUGCGUUGUUAUGUGCGGUCUUCUUUUACCAUCAUCCACAGAGACAAAGGUUUUCCUCGUGAUGUACCUAUUUACAAUGACGCUGCAAAUAUUUGUACCAGGAUUUCUUGGAACACAACUGACAUACGGAAGCGAAGGACUAGUCACAGCAGCGUAUAAUAGUGAGUGGAUUCCAAGAUCUGAAUCAUUCAAGAGUAGUUUGAAGCUCUUUAGAGAACGAGCAGCCAGACCAGUGGUGAUCUCAGGGUUGAAGAUGUUUCCUCUAUCACUUAUCACUUUUACCUCAAUUAUGAAGACCGCUUACUCUUUCUUUACACUAAUUAGAAACGUUCAAGAAGCUUAG